AGAGUUAGGGUUUAUUAUCACAGGAAACCUUCGGAAAUUGCGAGGAGAGACCAGCGGAGAAAAUGGCUUCAAGGGUAACACUGAAGAGCAAAGGCAAGAGCGUAAAGGGAGCAAAAGCGGUGGAGGAGAAAUCAUCGGCGGAUUAUUUGAAGGAGUGGAGCACAUGGACCAUGAAAAAGGCUAAAGUCAUCACGCACUAUGGUUUCAUUCCUCUUAUCAUCAUCAUUGGCAUGAACUCCGAUCCCAAGCCGCAGCUCUAUCAGCUCCUCAGUCCUGUUUGAUAUGCAUCCUUCUUUUUCAUUUAUUAUUAUAUAAAGUGCCUUUUUAUCUGUUUUUAUUAUGUGACUUUACUUUCGUGUUUGUUAUGUAAGUUUAUGGAUUCCUCCCUUCUAUUAUAAUGUACAAUUUGAAUACUAAAUUCUCAGUUUA